AUGGCUGCUUCUCCGGAAGUUAUCCUUGGCCCAGGUGCCUGGAAUACCCCAGAACUCUGUGACCGAUUCGGUUCAUGUCUUUCAGCGAGGGGGCUCAGAACUGGUUCUAUACAGCAUCCGUCAACCGGCACUGAGCCACGCACCAAGUUUCUACGAGCUGGCGUUGACAGCCUCCAAACCACCCUUGAACGGCUUCGUGACUCGAAUGAUUCAGGGUAUAGGGAUGAUUAUAAACAUAGUGCAUCUGUGGCCCCAAACGGGAACAGCCUAGUCGGGGCAUCUAGAGGACAUCUCCUUCCCUGUAUAAAAACCGAGGGAGGUUAUGCAUACAACAACGUCGGUCUCGAAGGCUCUUUCCACGACCUCCCGCUAUCUGAAGGGGUCAAGUGGACUACGGCCCUUACCCAUACCUCUUUUCCAGUCUUUUACGGCUCCGCCUUUCAUCGGACUUGGUAUGUCAUUUCAGCUGCAUAUAUUUGGGGACAGGAAGAUCGGAUGCUGCUGCUAGAUAUACAAAAACGUGUGCUGAAUCUGCUUGGGACGAGUCGAACAUACACCCUUAAGACAUCUCAUCACCCGUUCUUGAUCAUGCCCCAGGAAGUUGCAGAUAUGGUCCAGGGCCUAUCUACACAAGUAUCACAAUAA